AGAAAGAUAUUGUGACACUGAAUGAGUAAAAAUGGAUAAAUCGAUAUUAGCAGGCCGACAGUAGCGUUACUUUCGGUUCACAAUGCGGACUACGCAACAUGGCGGAGCCACAUCGAGGGCGUUCUUCGCGUUUUCCUUUUUGAGAAAGUGCUCAGAGUUUUGGAAAUAGAGGAGGAGGGUGAACCAGCUGAGCCGGGGUUGAAGGUUUUGGGGGCAGCAUCACUUUCGAAAGUUUGUUUCGGUUAUUUCCUGGAGUCUCCAAACUAUCUCCUGGACUGGUUUGUUUACAUUUUGUGGCCGAGGCGUGUGUGCGUUUUAUCAGCCACUUACGACACAACGCGCUCCAGCUUUUUUGGCUGGUGUUUAGAGACUCGGUCCAGUAAAUAGAAUGUUACCGAGCCAGGUUGGAUCUGCACCAUCUGGAAACGGCUCAGCUUCAGGCAGGGGUACCACAGGACACGGUUCGGGGGUUGUCGGUAGCGGGAUCCGUCCCGUUUUGGUCAGGGCAGGGCAAGCUUUAGCUGGGGUCAGCGACAGCGCUGGUGCUGCCGGGCGACUGGGGGAAAGAGACGCCAUCGGGAUGCUGGGGGCUAAUGGUCCAGGGGGUCCGAGAGGUACGAGACCGGGGAACGGGACAGGGGUGACACCUCUACAGACCGCCGUCCAGGGAAACAUGGUGGGGUUGAACACGGGAGUUGUGUUGCCUCACGGAGCCCGGUUCGACCCGGACAGAGAGAGUGCUCCGCUCUGCAGCGGCUCGGAUAAUGACUCGGACUCGGGAGAUGAUGACGACCCCGUGGGUUCACUCGGGGACAGCAGGAGAGGGGUGAAGCGGGAGAGAGGGGAGAUGGAAGCUGCGGUGACGGGGCAGGAGGUGGGGGUACCUCCUGGAGGUUACGGCAUGGUGCCCGGAGGGGUCGCCGGGGCAAAGCCGGGAAAGAAGACACGUGGGCGCGUAAAGAUAAAGAUGGAAUUUAUUGACAACAAGUUGAGACGCUACACGACUUUCAGCAAGAGGAAGACGGGUAUUAUGAAAAAGGCCUAUGAACUCUCCACCCUGACGGGAACCCAGGUUCUGUUGCUUGUGGCCAGUGAAACUGGUCACGUUUACACUUUUGCCACCCGCAAACUCCAGCCAAUGAUCACCAGUGAAACGGGCAAAGCCCUGAUCCAAACUUGCCUCAACUCGCCGGAUUCACCACCACGCUCUGACCCCUCCACGGACCAGCGCAUGAGUGCCACAGGCUUCGAGGAGACGGACCUCACCUACCAGGUGUCGGAGUCAGAGAGCAUGGGCGACACAAAGGAUACACUGAAGCCGACGUUCACGGUAGCCAGCCUACCAGGCACUACCAGCAGCUCCCAGUCCACGGUACCCACCACCUCCACCACCAUGCAGGUGAGCAGCGGGCCCUCUUUUCCCAUCACCAACUACCUGGCGCCCGUCUCGGCCAGCAGCAACGUCAGCGCCAACGGCACCGUCCUCAAGACUGCCGGUGCCUCCACGGGGGUCAUGCAGCUGCCCGGUGGCUUCACUUUCAUGCCCGCAGGCACUCCUCUCCCCCCUGGUACCCCCACCAUUCCUCUGAGCCAGCUGCAGCAGCACUCUCUGGCCCUCCAGGGGCAGCAUGGUCAGACCCUGGCCGCCGCCCAGCAGCCACAGCAGGGACAGCAGGCUGUAUUCCGCUUCCCUGCUGCUGUCUCCCUCACAGGAGCGGGGGUUCCCCAGCAGCUUCAGGCUAUCCAGGUCCACCCCAACACCCAGUCCACCUCCAACAACGACAGCAGCCCCGAGAUCUCCCACACCUCCACAAACUCCACGGCCACGGUGAGUCUCCCAGCAACCAUCGUCACCUCGUCGGUGCCAACGUCUGUGGCGGGUCACAUGAUGUACCCCAGCCCCCACACAGUAAUGUACGCCUCCACGCCGGCGCUGGCUGACGGGGGGCUGGCUGUGCUCAACGCCUUCUCCCAGGGCACCUCGGCCAUGCAGGUGUCCCACGCACAGGCCCAAGACACAGGUGCUGUCCCUCAGGUGUUCCUCACAGCACCUCCAGGCACGGUGCAGAUACCUGUCUCAGCGGUGCAGCUACACCCAGUACGGCAAGAUCUGCAUUUUACAAAUGGUGAUUGGCCAGCAGUCGAGCGGCAGCAGCAGUAACCUGACGGAGCUCCAGGUGGUCAAUUUGGACGCCACACAGAACUCGAAGAGCGACUGACAGACGGCUGGAGCUGUUUAACACAGCAGACCCAGGGACUCAGACAAACAGACAGACUGACUGACAUCUCUAUUUAUUGAUGCCUUCCGACAGUUUCACAUCACACUUCUGAAUGUGACUUUAAAGAACAUAUAUAUAUACACACACAAUCAAGGGCAUAUGUGUGGCUGACCCUUAUACAGUAUACAGUAUGUUUUGGUAUAUAAAUAUAUAUAUAUUCGCAAAUGCAUAGGAAAUAUAUAUCACUACAUCCAUCAUCGGAACCUAUUUUCUAUGCCGUUAGAUGGUGUCUUUUUUUUUUUGUGUGUGUGUGUGCGCGUGUGUUUUUUGAAAAUGUGUAAUUACAUGUACACACACUGCAAGGUGCCACAGCUUCACACCAGCCAAAGAGACAUUUGUUUGUCUGAAUGUUCCAGUGUGAGCAAUUUGUGCACAAGCGUGUGUCUGUGUGCGCGUGCAUAUCUGGGGUUUGUAAAUGG